AUGCCCCUCGCUCGCUCGAGGUCCAUCCUGCGCAGAAUACACCCUUCAGCUGGAGCCAGGUACAUCUCCCUCGAACAGCAUAAUGCAGCGACUAAUCGACAGAUUACGCCCUCGUCCUCACUGGAAUACCGCCCCUGCUUCGAUGGCUUCCAAUGCGCCCGGCUGGACGUCCCGAUGGACUACUACCGCACCGACGGCCAGGGCAGUCGAGUUGCCAUCGCCAUCACUCGUCUGCCGGCCAAAGUGCCCAUCUCCGACCCUCGCUACGGCGGCGCCAUCAUCAUCAACCCGGGUACCUCUCCCUUUCCAACGGCCGUCCGUCCUAUACUAACAACGUCAACCGCAGGCGGCCCCGGCGGCUCAGGCGUCGCCCAAGUCCUCCGCUACGGCCGCGACAUCCAGACCGUCGCCGACGCCAACGCCCUUCCUCCGACAGCCGACCCCUCCGCCCGAUACUUUGACAUCAUCGGCUUCGACCCGCGCGGCGUGAACAACACCACCCCAGGCGUCAGCUGCUUCCCGGAUCGCUUCUCGCAGACGGCCUGGGAUCUGCAGCGCGAGGCCGACGGGAUGCUGGGCAGCUCCGCGCAGGCGUUCACACGCAACUGGGCGCGCACGGUCGCGCGCAACACCGGCUGCGCCCGGACACUGUCCACACCCGCCAGCGAGCGCCACGACGCACUCGGCGAGCACAUGAACACGGCGCCGGUCGCGCGCGACAUGCUCGAGCUCGUCGAGCGACACGGGGAAUGGCGCGGAAAGCGCGGGCAGGAGGCGCAGCGCAAACGCGACCGUGUGCACGGCCGCGACGCGGCGCAGGCGAUCGCGCGCCGCACACAGUGGAAGAAAGGACGCGAAAAGCUCCUCUACUGGGGUCGGUCGUACGGCACCGUCCUGGGCGCGACCUUUGCGACGCUAUACCCCGAUCGCGUCGAGCGCGCGGUCCUCGACGCCGUCGUCGACGCGCAGCGCUACUACACGGGGCAGGGCGGCGUGCCCAUCGUCGACGCGGACGCCAUCUUCGACCGCUUCGCGGCGUACUGCGAUGCGGCGGGCGCGACGGCGUGUCCGUUCCAUGUCGCGGGCGGGCCGGUCGCCAUCAGGGCUGCGUACGAUGCGCUGGAAGACCGGCUGCGCAACACGGCUGUCCCCGUGCCGGCGACGGCUGUCCGCGGCCCCGAGCUGGUGACCUGGACGGACCUGAAGACGCUGCAGCGCGUGGCGGUGUACCAGCCGCUGGCGGUGUUUCCGCUGCUGGCGCAGUAUGCGAGCGAGCUGGCGCGCGGGGACGGCGGCGCGCUGGCGGAUCUGAAGAGCGGGCUGCGGUCGCCGUCGUGUCCGUCGGCGGAGUGUCUGCAGGCGGGGCCGUGGACGGCGGAGUGUCAGGCGCCGGGCGAGGACGAGGCGUCCGGGAUGGCGGUGUUGUGCAGUGAUGCGACGUAUCUGCAGGGGCUGAGUGAGAGGGCGUUUGGGGAGCGGUGGCAGGGUCUGCGCGAUACCAGUGCGGCGAUUGGGGAUUACUGGGCGCAGAUGGAGCUGGACUGUGUGCGGUGGAAUGUGACGCCGAAGUGGGCUGUUAAUGGGCCCGUUUCGGGGAAUACGUCGCAUCCGAUACUGUUUGUGAAUAAUGUCCUGGACCCGGUGACGCCGUUGAAAAGUGCAGAGAUUAUGUCUGAGCGGUUUCCUGGGUCUGUUGUACUCCGACAGGACUCUGAGGGGCAUUCGACUCUGGCUGCUCCAUCUAUAUGCACCACUGCUGCCAUUCGAAAGUACUUCCAGACCGGGGAGCUGCCUCCCCCGCGGACGCUGUGCGAUGGCGACUUGAAACCGUUCCUCGGGGCACCUGACAGACUGGACUCGUUGGAGGAAGUCCGUCGAGCAGUGCUACGACCUUUUGCUUUAUGA